AUGGAGGGGACCAUGAGAGCUGUUUUACUUCUGAUUAGGUUUCUAACUAUUGCAACCAUUACAGUCAGUAUUGGUUUAUGCAAUGGAAUUCUGGCUGGCCCUUGCAAAGAAGGUGAAAAACAAGCACUUCUGACUUUCAAGCAACAUCUUAAAGACCCUGCAAAUCGGCUUUCAUCAUGGGUUGGUGAAGAAGAUUCCAACUGUUGCAAUUGGACUGGAGUUGUCUGUGAUAACUUAACGGGUCACGUACUCGAGCUCCACCUCGGUAAUUCCAACUCCUUAUUGAACUCCAACUCUUCCUUGGGUGGUAAGGUAAGUCGUUCUUUGCUCAGUCUAAAGCAUCUGAACUACUUGGACUUAAGCAACAAUGACUUUCAAGGAAUACAGAUUCCUAACUUCUUUGGUUCUCUUAUAAGUUUAAGAUAUCUUAACCUCUCAAAAGCAGGGUUUGAAGGAAUAAUUCCUCAUCAGCUGGGAAAUCUCACCAGUCUACGCUACCUCUGUCUUGGUGAUUACAACCUGAAGGUUGAUAACCUUCAAUGGGUUUCUGGUCUCUCUCAUUUGGAACAUCUGGACAUGAGUUCUGCAGAUCUUAGCAAAGCAUCUGAUUGGUUGCAAGUCACAAACGUGCUCCCCUCUUUGAAAGAGUUACAUUUGUUUGGUUGUGGACUAUAUCACAUUCCCACUCUACCUUCGAUCAAUUUCAAUUCACUUGCCAUCCUUGACCUUUCCGCUAACGUAUUUACUUCUUCGAUGCCUAAAUGGGUAUUCAGUCUUAGAAAUCUAGUUUCUCUUUCCCUCAAUAACUGUGGUUUCCAAGGUCCAAUCCCAAGUAAUCCACAAAAUAUCACAUCUCUCAGGGAAAUUGAUUUCUCAUGGAACAAUCUUAGUCUUCCAAUACCUACGUGGCUGUUUAACCACAAAUACCUUACUUCUUUGAAUCUAGGAUACAAUUAUCUUGGAGGGACAAUUCCAGAUGGAAUUGCAAAUAUGACUGGCCUUAAAGUUCUUAAUCUCGAGACGAACCUCUUCACUUCUACCAUACCUAAAUGGUUGUACAGUUUUAGCAAUCUUGAGUCCUUAAUUCUUUCUGGCAAUCACUUGCAGGGUGAAAUUUUGAGCUCCAUUGGAAACUUGACAUCCAUUGUUACUCUUCGCUUGAAUGAUAAUCAGUUCGAAGGGAAGAUCUCAAAGUCAUUGGUAAAGCUAUGUAAGUUGGUAGAUCUUGAUCUGUCAAUGAACAACUUCACAGUUGGAAAGGCAUCGGAAAUCAUUGAAAGCUUGUCCAGUGUGUGUCCUUCAGAUCGAAUAAAGUCUUUGUCGCUGAGGUAUUGCAAUCUUUCUGGUCAUUUAACAGAGAAGAUUAGAGAUUUUAAAAACUUAAGCUACCUUGAUCUUUCUGGUAAUUCAAUAUCAGGUCCCAUUCCAGUGUCCCUUGGAAAUUUGUCAUUCUUAGUAUACUUAGACAUCUCUGACAAUCAAUUCAAUGGAACUCUUCCAGAAACUAUUGGUCAGCUCAAAACGCUUACAAAUUUGGAUAUAUCUUACAAUUCAUUAGAAGGUGUGGUGUCUGAAGUUCAUUUUACUUAUCUUACAAGAUUGGAGGAGUUCAGUGCCAAAGGAAACUCAAUGACACUGAAUACUAGUCGAAGUUGGCUUCCUCCUUUUCAACUCCAACAGUUGUACCUAGAUUCUUGGCAUUUGGGGCCUGAAUUGCCUAACUGGCUUCAAGGACAAGCUCUGUUAUGGACUCUAAGCCUGCCGAAUACAGGAGUUUCAGGAUCUGUCUCCCACUUCUUCUGUGAUAAGAUGCACGAACCAAAACAACUCUUUCUUCUUCAUCUAGGGAAAAAUCUUCUCACUGGAAAAAUUCCUGAAUGCUGGAUGAAUUGGCAAAACUUGGCAGUUGUAAACUUCGAAGGCAACCAUUUAAUUGGGAACAUUCCACACUCCAUGGGGUACUUAGUAAACCUCAAAUCGUUGCAGUUGCGAAAUAAUCACCUGUCCGGAGAAUUACCUUCAUCCCUACAGAACUGCACCAAGUUGUCAGUUGUUGACCUUGGUGGAAACAAGUUUGUCGGAAGCUUACCAAUGUGGAUAGGGAGCCUUUCAGAUUUGCUAGUUCUGAACUUUCGUUCAAAUAAGCUUCAAGGCAGCAUUCCUUCUGAACUCUGUAAUCUCAUAAACCUCCAAAUCUUGGACCUCACAGAUAACAAUCUUUCAGGAACAAUACCAAGAUGCUUCCACAAAUUUAGUGCCAUGACCACAUUGUCGAAAUCAAACAGUCCGAAUAUUUUGUUGUACGACAUUUAUUCUUAUGGGAGGUACAUAGUUGAAGCAAUCUUGGUGACCAAAGGGAGAGAAGUCGAAUACAGAGAAAUUCUUGGAUUGGUAACUAGCAUAGAUCUUUCCAACAACAUUAUAUCCGGAGACAUCCCUGAGGAACUGACCAGCCUCCUCCGUCUGCAAACACUGAAUUUAUCAGAAAAUCUUUUGACUGGAAGAAUUCCUUCAAACAUUGGAAACAUGACACGAGUAGAAUCUCUUGACUUUUCCAUGAACCAACUUGAUGGUGAAAUUCCUCAAAGCAUGACGAGUUUGACAUUUCUAAGUCACUUAAACUAGUCCCACAACAACUUGACAGGACGGAUUCCAGAAAGCACUCAGCUUCAAAGCCUUAAUGAGUCUAGCUUUGUUGGUAACAAACUUUGUGGUCCUCCGCUUGAAGAGAAGUGCGGUGCGAAAAGGGCAAGACCGGCAGCAGUUGAGCAGGACAGAGGAUACAAUAUGGUUGAAGACAAGUGGUUCUAUCUGAGCUUGGG